AUGGCAGGCCAAGUUAAAGAAGACCCAUUUGCUUUAAAAUUUGUUGACCAAGAAGAUAGUGAUCCCCAAGAAAAACCAAUCCAAAAAAAAACGCAAGAGUCUGGUAUGCGAAAAAACAUUCUUCCUGAGCCUAGACAAAAAAGUGAGCCUGAAUCUGCAUCUCCAAAUUCUUCAGGAAGGUCAAAAACAUAUGUAAGAUGGGGACUUUUAUCAGCUAAAUCAGAAAUCGUUUUAUAUGAUAUUAAACAAGCUCUUUAUCGCCAGUCAAUUAUAGAACUUGCACUUAUUCUUUUGGGACUAUUAAUACUUAUUGUCCAUGCAAAAUUUGUAAUUUUAGUUCAUAUUCUGCAUCUGGUUCGUCCUUACUUGGCUUAUAGGCUGAUCAUGAUUUUGCCUCGAAGCCACAACUUUUACGAGCAGCUGCCUGAUGAUCUUGGAAAGAUAGGAGAUGAUUUUCAAGGCAAAGCAUAUGAUGAAUUGAGAAAAAGCUCAGGAAUUGCAGCGCAAUAUCUUAGUGUUUCAGCUGUUGCCGGAUUAUUUGAUAUUAUUGCUUUGCUUAUUGGCUAUGGAAAAUUUGAUAAUCAUGAUUCAAUGGCAGCGACUUAUUUUGUCCUAGCUUUUCUUUUUGUUUGCACAGAUUUUUUCUUGCCACUAUGGUAUAGCUCAUGCACCUUAAUAGAUCUCUAUACCCCAGCAGAAUACGGACCAGAAAAAAUAUGGUACCGGCAUCUACCUUAUACAGUAUAAGUCUGAUUAGGUACCUUAAAACCAUAAAACGUAGACUUUUCAUUUUCGUAUUUACUUUUCAAAAAGCUGACAAGUACAAAUUAAUUUUGGAAAUUAAAAUUGAUGGCCAAUAAUGAUCUAAAAUAUUUCAGGGGCUAUAUUAAGAUUAAGAUUACGCUGGGUAUUUAAAGUCCCCCAUUUCGUCUGAGGAAGCAUUCUACGGUUUCUCGUAUGGUGGCAGAGCGUUCACCAAGCCCGGGCCGAAACCCCCGGUUUCUCGGCAGAGGUGAAGGUCAAGGGACGUGUCAUAUCGUCUUUGCUGACCACCUCCAUUUCCAACUUGGAUCGUCGCUUAAGUUUACGCCAACACUGCCGCAUCGUCCGCCAGAUCUGCCCAUUGAAGGGCACCUUUUAACUGGAGAGACUCCCGUUGUGUUGUCUAGGUUACCUUCCCCUCUUUUCCGGUCAUCCCGAGAAAGAACUCAACAGCUUUCGCCGUUCGGGGCAAGCCACAAAAGCAGCUUAGGCAGGUAAGUCGCCCUGCCUCAUUUCCGGCACUCACUGGGCUGAGCGCUCCUUGAAAAAAGAAUUUGGCCACAGAAACAGCGGCCUCUGUGCUUAGAUCUCUCGCUUUGAGGUCCAAAACGUUGCUGGGCCAACUCCCGGCUCCAAACACCAUGCCCGGAUAUACAUGGGUAACCACCACUGAGAGGGUGGGUCGGUCGCCAUAUGCCAUUUUAUGUAUAUUAUUUCAGGGGCUAUAUUUGACUCUUCAAUUCACUUUUCCUGAGGAUAUUUGGUUUGAUUUAGUGACAAUAGCUAGAGGAUCUUUGGAAAAAAUGAAAUUCUUUGUAGUAACAACAGUUAGGAGGACUACUUAA